AUGCGUGCGUAUCCGCGAUUGUCACUGGAACCUCCGGCAGAUACGGUGUCGAUACCCGAAGUCACGGCGCAUCCGAUCGAUUCUCAGACAUCUAGCUUUCUCAACCUCUCGGGUGAGGCACGUAACAUAGUCUACGAGCUGCUCUUCGAAUUUGAGCAGCCGAUAGCACUCUCUAACCCGCCAUCUGUGCAUGCAUCUCAGAAUUCUGUACCUCCGGUAGCGCUACUUUCGACAUGCCGGCAAAUAUAUCAUGAAGCUGUCGGCAUCUUGUACACCCGCAACCGUUUCCUUGCCGCGACCGCAUCGGGUUCCACAUGGUUAUCUGCCCUGAACCACACAACUAGUUGGCUUUUGGGACUGGGAUCACAAGCAAGGCAUCUUCGCCACCUCACCGUACACGUCGUUCACCGCAGUCGCGACCUGAACGAGCUGCAAUCGUUUCAUCCGGAUACCACAUCAAACGCACGGCUUUUCGAGGUCCUACCCCUACUGCGUGCGCUCUGGGAACUUCGCUUGGACCGGUGUCACAUCAAAUACGCUCUUGCCCACCAGGAUUAUGCCAAUGAUCUCGAUGUAGACCGGUCAGACGCGCUGUAUGCAGCAGACGCCGCCUUUGCUGCUAUUGCCUAUGGACCAGUCGCUCUGACUACACCACGAAAGCUGCUCGCUAGCGUCCAAAUUUCUUCAUCCGGCACUUGCCUUCUUCGAUUCAAGAGCUCAACAGAAGGGCUCGUGAGCUCCAUCGAGUGUCUUACGCCAACAGGUGCAUGUGCCAUGUCCACCGCAUGCCUCCCUGCGGAGCUUCAUCCUCACCCUCAUCUCGUCAGACACCCAGCAAAGAAGAGCCAGGCGAGAUUGGCGGGUCUUCCCUUCAGCGUACAAGGUCGCAUCGUCUCGGCGUACAUGGCGGCUGCGAAAGAGCCGUCUUCGGCAAUUGAAGUAGACCUUGGUAUGCGCCGGAUACGUGGCCUCGAGCACCUACACGCCUUGCUCGCUCUGAACCGCUCCUUUCGGCUGAAAGCGCUAUCCUCCAUCACAAUGCUGGCCGAGCCAGUAACGGUGCGCAUUCCGAUGAAUACCACCUCUAAGGAUAAGUCGGGUUUCUGGGACCUCCUUCGCUAUGUACGCGAAGAUGCCGGAGGUCCAGAUCGCUUCGAUUGUUUGCACUGGGCAUUGUUACGUAACAGGCAUCUGAGCAUUUCUGUUACCUUUCAGCUCACCCCCACGACGACCCUGCGCAACGUCGAAAUGGAUGUGCAUGGCUUACUUCAGAUCGAGAUGCGUCGCGAGUGGUCGUGGCCUGUGGACUUUCCUCGACCGGAUAUCCCCAUCCGUGUGCAACUUGUGCAUGUACCUGGCAAACACUCCGGCCUCCAGACAGUUCACACACGUCAAUUUCUCCUUGGCCAGUUGAAUCAGAAAAUGCUGUUGCUUCUGCGCGACGCCAUCCAGACAUCGACAAUUCAUUACCGCCACUGGAUCAAAGUCAGCACCGAUGGCCACGGAUCAACUCCGCCAGUCAAUCCCGCAAUGUCGGAAUACUGCAAGAAGUUUGGAGUAACGGCGCCCGACUGGCUUCUCACGAGAGGCGUUCUGAUCUUCUGGAUGGACGGAUUCGGCGAGCCUUUGCGUGCAGACUUUGCUACCUCUGCUGGUGAUGUUGGGUUCUCGGUGCCCUACUCGCAUCCUGGACUAGCCAAUAAGGCGCUGCGCAACCAGGUAGACCGCCACUUGGACGAGGAGUGGAGUCACUUUGCCAGAGAUUAUCAAGAGGGCGUGCACGCAGGUCUCUACAAGUUGUAUCACGCACAGGUUGAAUGGAUCCUGAAGGGCCAACUCUCGCCUGCGUUCACCAGCGAUUCCAUAGAGCAAGCAUCAACAUUGCCAGUCCACUCCAUCGCUGACACAGGUACGAAAGAUCUCAUGGAUCUGGCUGGCCAUGACCCUUUCGCGCCCGCUACGAGCACCCGUUCCAUGCAGACAAUGGAGCCAACGAAACCUUCCACCAGUCCGCAAAACGACACUGAAGACUUCGAUGACAUCGCAGCAGCGAUCAGUCUGAUGAUGAUGCAGACUGCCGACUCGGCCAAAGACAAGUUCUCCUUGGACAACGAUCACUCCGGUACCCUUGAAGCUCCCAAAAUUCCCUCCAUACGGGUGACAGAACCGAACAAGAAUGACAUAUCGUUGGAGACAAAAGACUUUGGUAGUUUUAUCGCAGCUACAACAACAAGGAGAGCGCUCCCAAUUCGCAUUCCUUCCAUAUUCACCAGUCAUCGCGUUGCUGCUGGCUCUCCCACUCUCAGCUUUGCGCAACAAUCCACUGUGGUUGAUGAACAGCUGCCACUGGCCUGGCUCCAAGACAUGUCCAACGGCCCUGAGUUCGGUGGCGGCGAUGUGACCAAUUGGGAUGACCCCACACCGGAAUGCUUUUUCGCACCGCCGCCUUUACUGGAGCGGACUCCAAUGUUGCCAACGCAAGCGGCCAUGAACUCAACUCACGACAUAUGUCUUCCAUUGGACAACGCCAUUUCCAUAAGCCUGUGGCUCGACGAUAUCAGCACUGCGUUCACACCUGAGUCCUUGAGUUCUUCUCUACCAUCACCGGAGGAGCGCGCAGCCCCAUGUUCGAACCGAGAGUACGACUCGCCAGGGCUAUCCCAAUUAUGCGAAUUGCCUACGAUUCCACCGAAGAAGCGCAAGCGCUCGUCAUCCGUCUUAUCAGAUGUCCAGUGCGCACAACGCCCGUCCUGGAACCAACCUUGGCCCUCAUCAUCCAUCUUACCGGACCAUGACGUUCCACAGCUUGCCUAUCCCGAUAUGGAAAUCGAUAUGCAUGCGAUAGAGAGCCUAUGGGAGGGCCCAACGUGCGUGGAGCAGGCCGACGACGACAACAACCCUGUGAACGAAGCCUUGUGA